GUACCCUCGCGACAAUGGGUGUUGGUUUGGGAUUUGCUAUUGCCGCAGUGAGAGCCAAUCUUCCAAUGACUAUUAUUAUAAUAAAUAAUAAUGGUAUAUACCAUGGUCUUGAUACAGAAUCAUAUAAUUCUACGUCCCUUAACGCAUUACCAUCAACCGCAUUAUUACCUGAUGUAAGGUAUGAUCUAAUUGCUGACGCUACGGGUGGUAAAGGCUAUUUCGUGAGAAAACCUCAGGAACUUGAAAAUGCUAUGAAAGAAGCGUUAAAAGAUAACGAAAAAGUUAUAGUAAUAAAUGUGAUGAUACAACCAG